UAAAGAGAAAGAGACAACUAUGCGAGCUUGAAGGGAGAGAAGAAGAAGAAGAAGAAGGAGAAAAAGAAGAUGUCGACGACGACUUCAGAGGCUAGAUCACCGUUGCCGUUGUUGUUAAGAAGAGGAAGGUCUUCGACAGCGACAUCAACGACUGCUGAAACGAGAUCACCGUUUUCGGCACUACAGUUCAGAAGAAGGUCGAGCAAAGAUGUGAGGAACAUAACCUCAGUUUCAAGCAGUCUCUUGCCUGCGUUUGGUACUGUCAUCGAAGACGAUAACCCUUCUUCUAAACGUUUCAUCGUUCUUCACUUUGAUCGCCGUUACAGGUUGUGGGAAUUGUUUUUGGUAAUAUUGGUGGGAUAUUCAGCGUGGGCAUCGUUGUUCGAGUUGGCUUUCGAGAAAGCAGCUGAAGGAGCUUUCAUGACCAUUGAUCUCGUCGUUGACUUUUUCUUCGCCGUUGAUAUCGUCCUCACUUUUUUCGUUUCCUACUUGGAUAAUACUACUUACCUCAAUGUCACCGAUCACAAGCUUAUCGCUAAACGGUACUUGAAGAGCGUGGCUUUUGUGAUGGACGUAGCAUCAACGUUACCGAUUCAAUUCAUUUAUAAAACUAUUACCGGAAACGUCGGACGAGGCCAAGCUUUCGGCUUCCUUAAUUUGCUCCGCCUUUGGCGUCUCCGUCGUGUUACCGAACUCUUUAAAAGACUAGAGAAAGACGCACAUUUCAACUACUUCAUUAUCAGAGUCAUUAAACUUCUGUGUGUAACGAUAUUUUGGAUUCAUUUGGCGGGUUGCAUUUUAUACUGGAUAGCCUACCAUUACCCAAACCCUAUUGAUACAUGGAUAGGAUCACAAGUUGAGGAUUUUAAGGAGAGAAGUGUAUGGUUAGGCUAUACUUACUCAAUGUACUGGUCUAUUGUCACACUCACUACCGUGGGUUACGGAGAUUUGCAUGCCGUUAAUAGCCGUGAGAAGACAUUUAACAUGUUCUACAUGCUUUUCAACAUUGGCCUCACUUCUUACAUCAUCGGUAUCAUGACCAAUCUUGUUGUCCAUGGCGCUAACCGUACAUUUGCCAUGAGGAGCGCGAUCAACCAUAUAUUGCGGUACACAAGCAAGAACAGGUUACCAGAUGCAAUGAGAGAGCAGAUGCUUGCACAUAUGCAGCUCAAGUUCAAGACCGCGGAGUUAAGGCAAGAAGAGGUUCUUCAAGACUUACCUAAGGCUAUCAGAUCAAGCAUUAACCAACAUCUAUUCCGCGCCGUCAUGGAGGAGGCUUAUCUUUUCAAAGGAUUCCCUGAUGGCCUCAUCGUCCAGCUGGUUUCGCAAAUAAAAGCAGAGUAUUUUCCGCCGAAGAUGGAGAUAAUCUUGCAGAAUGAGAUUCCAACAGAUUUCUACAUAAUUGUAUCUGGAGGAGUGGAUUUAAUUUCAUCCAAGGGUAUGAGUGAACAGGUAUUGACGAAGUUAGGUCCCGGAAGUAUGGCAGGAGAGAUUGGAGUAGUGUUCAACAUUCCUCAGCCUUUCACUGUGAGGACACGACGACUUUCACAAGUUAUCCGAAUCGGUCAUCAUAACUUCAAAGAAAUGGUUCAGUCUGAUAAUGACGUCGACGCCAAAAUGAUCAUCACCAAUUUUCUGACUUAUCUCAAGGGAUUGAAUGAUGAGUUAAAGAAAGAAAUCUCUGAUUUACUAGCUGACGCAGAUGCUCAGGUUCAAGUUCAGGAAACGGUUCAGACAGAGGAAACACCACAAAGUAACAAUGAGGAGAUAGCUACGGUCUCAAGAGAUGAAAAUGAACAGAAAGAAGAGAGACGAAGUAAGGGAGUUCCCAAAAGAGUAAUAAUUCAUGGACAACCUCCUAAUCAAGAUAACAACAACAAUGCUGAUUCCAACGGCAGACUUAUCAUUUUACCUGAUUCCAUCGAACUUCUAUUCGACUUAGCUGAGAAGAAGUUGGGGAAACGAGGAAGCACGAUUGCCAUGGCCGACGGUGCACAUGUUGAACAGAUUGAUGCUCUUCGAGAAAACGAUCAUUUAUAUAUUUUAUAAUUCAUUUUAAAUAUAGUAUAUGAAUAUCAUUAUUACCACCACCUCCCACACAUAAUAAUGAUAUAGAAAAUCAAUAAUUUUGUCAGCGUUUUCGUGCUUAUGAAAAGAAGCCAAGUUUGAUUUGAGAAUAUAAGGUGAACAUCGAAUGUCCAAUUCCAUAAAUGUUACAUACAUAUUAGUA